GUUUAUUACAAGAAUUAUAUGACAGGUAUUGAACUACUUAAAGGACUCGACACUAAAUUUCAUAACAAUUACGUGAAUAUAAUGACUAAACCACUGCUUAUUGUGGAACAAAUGCUCAUGAAUUUGGAGUGCGAGGCCUUAGAGGAAGCGACGAAGAUAUUGAAUUUUGACCAUUUGCUAGAAGUUUACGCACAAAAGGCCGUUGAGAUACAAAUAUAUGACUUGCCGUCGACCUGUGGUUCCGUCGUAUCGGACGCCACAUUGAUUUCGUCAACAUUUUUAGAUAAUAAAAGUACUCCCAAAGUGUUUCUUAUGCCCGAAUCGGUUCCAACCAAAGAGCAAUGGAUACCCGACUCUAAUUUAAAUCGACGACAUCACUGCCGGCGCUGUGGACGAGUGGUUUGUGGCAAUUGUUCCCAAAAUAGUUUAAUGAUCUCUGAGAUCAAAAGCAAUUCAAUGGUCAGAAGCCGAAGGGAUAGUAUUAGUAGCGAUGUCUCGAGUCUUAACAAACGAGAGAUUUGGGUCUUGUCUUCGGAUGAUUUACACAAUGACUCGAUUCGUAUGGAAUUCUAUUACGACUCUUCGCCGAGCGUUACGUUAUGUCUGGCGUUACUUAAACUGCACUCCGAUAAGAGCCGGUGCUGU